CUGGCGUUCCUGAGGAUGGCACACUGCGCAUGCGCCGCAACGGUUUCUCGUCUCGACGCGCAGCGACGUUAUUUCUUUUAAUAUCUAUUUUCAAAUUGGUUUGGUCGUCUCAAUUGAAAAUAUACGAGAUACAUAAUCACACAACGACGAGUAAAUAACAAUUAUGGCGCCUUAUGAGGUUAAACCCGGCGCAGGUUUGGGAAAGCGAACACGGAAGUGUGUGAAGUAGUUCUCCCUUCCGCGUCUUGUCUUGCGUUCGUACUUCGGCCUCAGUAUCGCAUGAUCGCCGGAGCUCUUUGGUCCACUUAAUGAAAUGAGACGGUGUCGAUCAGCUCAAGGUUGACAAAUGUGAAGCGUGACAAGCGGAGGAGCUGGUGCAUCAUGGGAAACACGCCAUCGAAGAGUGACGGCGGAGAUGAGCCACCAAAAACAACUUUAUUUGAAAAGGAGCCAAGUGGCAUCACGUACAGAAUCCCUGCUCUCCUCUACCUGAGGCACAGUGGCACCUUUCUUGCCUUUGCAGAGAAGAGGUCCUCUUCUCGUGACUGUGAUGCCAAACUUCUGGUUAUGAGAAGAGGGGUGCAGAGUGAUGACGGAUCUGUUCAGUGGCUGUCGAGCGAGGAGCUGUCAACGGCAUGCCUGCCGGACCACCGCACCAUGAACCCCUGCCCCGUGUUUGAGAAAAACACCAGCACUUUGUUUUUGUUCUUCGUGUGCAUCCUGGGCAACACCUCGGAGCACAGGCAGAUCAUCACAGGUAAGAACAAGACGCGUCUUUGCUACGUCAGGAGCGGCGACGACGGCCACACCUGGAGCGAGGCAAAGGACGUUACGGAAAGCGUGAUCGGACAAGCUAUCCGCAAGUGGGCCACGUUUGCCGUUGGUCCGGGGCAUGGCGUCCAACUGGAGAAUGGGAGAUUGAUAAUCCCAGCCUACGCCUACUACAUCCCGUACAGGUGCUUCUCCUUUCCUGUUCCUCACACGGUUUACCCGCGUGCGCUGACGGUCUACAGCGCAGACUUUGGCAAGACGUGGCACAUGGGCAAGAUGCUCCUCAAAAAGUCGUGCGAGUGUGAGAUGGCGGAGAUCAUAGAUCAUGAGGGCCGAAGUCACCUGUACUGCAACGCUCGCAAUUUCGGCGGCCACAGAUGCGAGGCGUUGAGUGAAAACAGCGGCGUCUGCUUUGACAAACCUCGCACGGCCCGAGAGCUGGUGGAGCAGCCCAAAGGCUGCCAAGGGAGCGUCAUCGGCUUCCCUGCGCCCGAGUUCAUCCCCAGUGAGGACAGAGAGAGCAAAACGUGCGACACAUCCCCUCUGUCACCAGACACCCAAACCUGGCUCCUCUUCAUGCACCCAACAAGCAAGCACAGCCGGCGGGACAUGGGCGUGUACUUGAACCGAUCCCCCCUGCAUUCGAGAGGGUGGGACAGGCCUCUGAUCAUCCACAGCGGGCCCAGCGGCUACUCAGACCUGGCCUACAACCGGGACAAUGAUCAGUUCUCGUGCCUGAUGGAGUGCGGCAAAGAAAGUGAACUUGAGCAGAUUGCGUUCAUGUCGUUCAUGCUCAAAGAGGUCAUGCAGACAAACAGGAAGACGUGCUGAAUGACUUCUGUAGCUUCUGCAAUCUUAAAAUCUAAGCAUGAACGAUGCUAUGCUAACAUCUCUCUGUGUUUACUCAUCUUCCUCUUUGUGGAAGUGCGCGUGCAUGCAGGAGUCGCCUGGUCUGCUGUUUACUUAUUUACAUGACAAUGUAGUUAAGUCUAAUGUGCUACCGUAUUUCCUCAAAUAGUGGCUGGGGUGCAUAUUUAUGCAACCGCAGUAUUGGGCACUUCUUUCGUUUUAUUUCAGAGGAAGCCUUUUGUACAAUGCUUAUUUAAGGUUACAUCCGUACAUGCUGAUCUCUGAUAAAUGGGAAUUCUUUAUUCUGCUUUAAAGUGAGAAUAGAAUGUGUAACUUCCUCGAAUAAGCAGUUUCUAUUCCUGUUCCCUUUUAUUUUUAGUCCCUCUCAAUAAUGCAGUGCAGCAGAGGCAGAUUUAGCUUUCCAAAGUAGUAAACAAAGAUGACGAUUUGAGUCAUUGCUACUUUUACUCAAGUUGACUUGAGUCACUGUUUUGAUGACACUACUUGACAAAAACUAAAAGGCUUGACACUUAACUUGAACUUGGGGGUUUAAUACUCGAGACUGGACUUUAUUGAGACAUGAGCUGUUAUACAUACAUACAGGUUAGAUAAAUUGUAUAGUAAUAUCAUUGUUUGACCCCUAAUGCAACGUACGUUCAGCUACCGUGGACAAAAUGGGGUGAACUUAACAAAAUGUGUCGGUACGUAAUAAAGCGUAACAAAACUUGGAGGCGGUCCGUAUUGGGGCGGAAAGAAUACAGUGGAUAUAAAAAGCCAGCACACGCCUGUUCAAAGGCCAAUUGGAGUGAUACAAAAAAAAAAAAAAAUCUCACCAAGAUUUCAUUUCAAAAGUUUUUACACAAUUUAUUACUUGAAAAUGAAUGAAAUCUUUUCGAGAAGUAAAAAUAAACACCUGAAAUAAUGUGGUUGCACAAGUGUGCACACCCUCUUAUAAAUGGGUAUGUGUUCAGAUUUAACCAAUUAUGUUCAAAGUCAUGUUAAAUGGGAGUAGGCACACACCUGCCAUUGUUUAAAGUGCCUCUGAAUAACAAAGUAUAUGAAUAAAGUUCAGAUGUUCUAGUAGGCCUUUCCUGACACUUCUAUAGAGCUGCUCAGGUUAUAGGUCACGUUAUUGGUGGAAAAAGUUUGGGAAUCAUUAAUCUGAGUCACCUUUUUUAUAUCACAGAAACCUGGCAUUUGAACAUGGGUGUGUAGACCUUUUACAGUCAUCGUACUUGACUGCACUGUUAAUAUGCAAGGCAUGAGGUAUGUUUGAGGCCCUUUUAUAAGGUAAAAGAGUUACUUUGAUUAAGAGGUGAGCUAUACUCUGAUUUCUAUUCAUGUUUGCACUUGCUGCACGGCUGUAAAACUAUGGCAGUAUGUAUUGUGGAUUGUGUUUUUUUCCCCCAUUAUUCAUUUUGGUAUAAUUUGUUCAAGAGAAGGAUGCACCGUGGGACUCAUCAAGGCAAGGCAUUUAUUAGAGUGAAGGCCACUACUUGAGGACAUACACUAAUUAUCUAGGAAUUAAUCUAUUUUGUUGGCUGAUUUUAAGCAUGCUGCUCUAUCAACAGGCUUUGUGUGUGUGUGCGUGCGUGCAUACGUACAUAUCUACGUGUGAGCGCGCUUGUUUUGUGUGCACGUUAAUGUAGCAUGCAUGCUUGUGUUCCUUAUCGCUUCCUGCAUCUUAUAAAACAGUCUAAAUUUUGCGUAUUUUUCCUACCUCUUUUUAUUUUCCUUCAAUCGAGGAGUGUAGCAUUUCUUCAUGAUCUGACUUUGCUUAAUAUCAGUAUAUUGUACUGUGAUUCACAUAUGCCUUCUCGUGUCAUUCAGCCUUCAUACGGGCGAAUAGAACCAGUUUCCCACGACCAGAUAAUCAAACUGUGCCAAAUAUAAGUAAUUUCAAACCAAGGUACUGAAGCAGAAGAUUUUUUUGUACAAUUGUUUAUUUGAAGCAAGAAAAUUAAUUAACAUUUUUAUGAUUUACCUAUCCAUGUAUAUUAUCCAGAAUACAUGUUGGGUUUCUGUUGAAGGUUUUGAAGACGACAGCUGUAUUGUGUACAAUUGACUGGCCGAAAGUAACAUAGUGUGAAAAGAAUUUAGUAGGAUAUCAUACAAAAAUUCUAUCCAUAUGUAUAUCCAAGGCGUCUGGUUAGAGCGUCUGCCUCACAGUUCUGAGGACCGGGGUUCAAUCCCCGGCCCCGCCUGUGUGGAGUUUGCAUGUUCUCCCCGUGCCUGCGUGGGUUUUCUCCGGGCACUCCGGUUUCCUCCCACAUCCCAAAAACAUGCAUGGUAGGUUAAUUGAAUACUCUAAAUUGCCCGUAGGUGUCAAUUUGAGUGUGGAUGGUUGUUUGUUUGUAUGCUCCCUGCAAUUGGCUGGCAACCAGUUCAGGGUGUACCCCACCUCCUGCCCGAUGAUAGCUGGGAUAGGCUCCAAGCGCUCCCGUGACCCUUGUGAGGAUAAGCGGCUCAGAUAAUGGAUGGAUGGAUGGAUAGCCUAUAUUACACUAUAUAACUUUCCUUUUUCAGCAACAUGUUGCUUCAUUACAUAUGCAAACCCCUCCAGUCCACAAAAAAGUUUUAAAUCUUGAUGCAACAUAACACAUUUUUGUACAAAAUCCUACAAAAUUCUUGUGAAGCUCCUGAUGGUUGUCGAUUAUGAUGUUUCUUAGAUUUCAAAAAGAAAUUGCAUGCACUGUAGACCCAAUCAGUUUAAGAUAAUUUCUUUGCCAAAUGUCCAUGAGUCUCGAAGUGGUUCUACACAAGUGUCAAUGUGUUUUUGUUGACUGUUGUGGAUAGUGACAAAAGCUGCAUUUUUUUGUAUAAAAUAAAAAUAAUAUUUGAA